UAGCUGAUGCACAGGAACCAUCUUACAAGUCACAACAAAGACGAGCCUGGCGGUACAAGUUGACCUACAAGGUUUAUUUAUUUAUUAAUAUAUAUUACUUAUAAGUUAACCGCCUAUUGAUAUAAGCCGCCUGGGCGGUUGGUUUGUCCAGUGUUAGUACAGGAGGACACCUGUAGUGAGGAUCAUACAGGAUAACACUUGUGUCCGGGCCAAGGAGGACACAGUGGUACAAGUUGACCGUCCAACUCUUACAACAAAACUCACAACACAGAUAUGGAGUGAAAAAAACAAAUGACAGUGGGAAGAGAAGCAGUAAAUUGUGACAACACUGAUUGCCAUGGACAGCUGCUAGUUUAUUGUGCACCCCAUAUGGGGUAGAGGUCACAAAGGGUGUUUAUCAGAUCCCAGUGACCAGGAUAUUGUGGCAUUGACUGGAAAACAGUUUUCCAGUACAUUAUUUGUUUAGUUCAGUGCAGUACUAUAUAGAAGUUUACUGUUUGCACUUGUCUGCUUGCUUCAAAUUCAUCACCGAGUUCUUGCCUGUUUACAGUGUUUGGGUUCUGUUUGACAAUCCUAGAUUAUAAUCAACAGUGACUUUGUUGGUCACGAAUUUAGGAAAGGUAGAACAUUAUGUUGGGUGUAGCUGUUAAGAACAGUGGACAUAGACAAAGUAUUAUAAACUGAACGAAAGAAUUACAAGUAGACAAGAAAUUAUUAUUCUUUGUAGUAUAUCAGCCUGAGUAUUAUUGUUUACUGUACAUCAGAGGAACUGUACAUAUAACAAUAAUGUACAAUAUAUAAUUUUUGUACACUUCCCUGUUGAGUGUUUUUAUAGUGUAUGUUGUAAGUCAUAAACAGUGUUUGUUAAUGACAAGUAUAGUUAUAUGUGUAACUCAUUCUUUACACCAUUUUUCACAUUUAGUUCAAAGAGGUAUAGAGGAACCUUGUUAAUAAUGGUGUAGUCACAUCACAAACUGGAUCUUCCAUCACACUUACCUCCUCACUGUCCUCCCAUCUCAGCAUCAUUACAUCAGUGUCAGUAAAUCACAUUCACUAAUUGACUUAUGUUUCAGUUUUCAUUGUCAAAUAUAAUUAACAGUAACAAGACAUUAAUAGUUCUUGUAGGAGGAAACAGUUUGCCAGUUAAGUGUCACUAAACCCUUUGAACACACAAUACACAUAGUUUGAUAAUGGAAGGUCACUCAGAGGAACAGUCAGAGUCUCCCAGAGAAUUGUCUGUAAAAUCACAUCAAGUAACACAUGUGAAAGAUCAUACAGGAGAGAAGCCAUUUGAGUGUUCAGAAUGUUUUAAAGGUUUUAAAAGACAAUGUGAUUUAGUGAGACAUGUGAAAGUUCAUACAGUAGAAAAGCCAUUUCAAUGCUUAGAAUGUUUAAAAGGCUUUUCACAAGCAAGUCACUUAAAAGCACAUAUGAGAAGUCAUACAGGAGAGAAGCCAUUUGAGUGUUCAGAAUGUUUUAAAGGUUUUAAAACACAACGUGAUUUAGUGAGACAUGUGAAAGUUCAUACAGUAGAAAAGCCAUUUCAAUGCUUAGAAUGUUUUAAAGGCUUUUCACAAGCAAGUCACUUAAAAGCACAUAUGAGAAGUCAUACAAGAGAGAAGCCAUUUGAGUGUUCAGAAUGUUUUAAAGGUUUUAAAACACAACGUGAUUUAGUGAGACAUGUGAAAGUUCAUACAGUAGAAAAGCCAUUUCAAUGCUUAGAAUGUUUUAAAGGCUUUUUACAAGCAAGUCACUUAAAAGCACAUAUGAGAAGUCAUACAGGCGAGAAGCCAUUUGAGUGUUCAGAAUGUUUUAAAGGCUUUGCACAAGGAAGUCACUUAAAACAACAUAUGAGAAGUCAUACAGGAGAGAAGCCAUAUGAGUGUUCAGAAUGUUUUAAAAGCUUUUCACAAGGAAGUCACUUAAAAGCACAUAAGAGAAUUCAUACAGGAGAGAAACCUUAUCAGUGUUCAGAGUGUUUAAGACAUUUUUCAGAUAAAUCCUCUUUCAUAAAACAUAAGAGAAUUCAUACAGGAGAGAAGCCUUAUGAGUGUUCAGAAUGUUAUAUAAGGUUUUUGCAUAAGAGUUCUUUCAUAAGACAUCAAAAAGUUCAUACAGGAGAGAAACCUUAUCAGUGUUCAGAAUGUCAUCAAGUCUUUUCUGAAAGUUAUCUUCUAGAAAGACACAACAAAGCUCACACAGAAAAACCUUUCCACUGUGUAAGAUGCAUGAAAGACUUUAAAGAGAAAGAGAGCUUAAUAUUACAUGUAGAGAGAUGUUACCAGACUGACCAAGUGGUCAAUUCUAAUCACUAUGAAGGUGAAAGUUGCCAGGAUUUGCACCAUGACUUGAGCUUGUCUUGCCAACCAACAGUGGAGAUGUGUGUUUCUGAAGGAGUGAAAAAGGAAACUAAUUAUGAUCCACUCUCAGUCAUUUGUGAGACAGAAGCUUCACCAGGGCCUGAGAUAAUUGACCAAUCUUCUUUAAAGAUGGAGUGCCUGGAAGAACUAGAAUUUGUUAAGGAAGAAUUCUGAAACUGUUAUUGUGAAAUAUUUAUGGUUUUAACAAAGAGUAAAGUUUAUAUAAUGCUCACGUAGGGCUGAAAGUUUGUAGUAAGUGUAAUCAAUAGUAACAGGUGUACUGUAUUGGUAAAUAAUUAAUGUAUCACUUUAUAUAACUAUCAGUAAUGUGAGGGUAGAUGGUACUGUAUACAACACACUACAGGUAUACCUGACAUACAUGGUACAGGUAUACAACACACUACAGGUAUACCUGACAUACAUGGUACAGGUAUACCUGACAUAUGGUACAGGUAUA